GCAGCGAAGUGAUCCCAUCCUUGUGAAUAUAAACUGAAAUCUCUUCCUCGGUACGCCAUGGCGACCGAAGGGAAGCUAUAAAGCCUAAGCUUCACUGCUCCAUCCACAAAAGGGGCGAGACAGAAGAGCGAGCGACUCCUUGUGGAAAAAGGCUUAAUCAUUGUGGAACCCAAUGGUGGCUGUGUUGAUGCGUGUACAAAAAUAUAUAUUUACGGAUCGAAGACAGCGGCGGUCGGCUUCUGCUCCCUCUUAAAUUUGGUUGGUGGGCUGCUGCGUGCGGCUGGCAGAAAGACAUCAUCGUCGGUCAAAUCGAGUCACUGUGAAUUUAGCUAUGGCUUGUCUUGCAAGGGAAGGCCAUAAAUUCAUUACAAAUUUAGCUUUCAUGGAUUCAGAUUCUGUCGCGUUCUUCGGUCCUUCGCUGUCUUUCUAUGAUUUAGAAACGAGCAUCCGAGCACAAAAAUUAGAACUUUGAAUAAUUAAAAUAAUUUUUUUGUUUAUCAUAAAAGAAUAGUUUGAUGGAUUCGCGAGUUACUGCUAGGAAUCGAGAGCAAUUUCGAUCGGAGCAGGUAGGAGUCAUCGCAUCGACAACGGCACCGACGUCGACGACUCCUACCUGCUCCGUUGUAGUCUUUGGGACGGAGACGAGCAGAUAAGGCUGCUCACGCUCGGGAGGGCUUCGAAGCAGUGAUCCGCCCGUCCCGGUCUGCUUUAAGAUCCGCGCUUAAUCAGAUCAGCGAAUACUGUCCACCGCCUUCUUUCUCUCUCUCUCUCCGAACCGCCGCCCGCGCCGAGCCUGCAGAAACAUUUCCGUACGAAGCAGCGGAUGGGAGUGGCGAUUUGGAGCUGCGGCGGUGCCGCCGUAUUCGCCUCCGCACUCCUCCCAGGAAGGCGUUCCCACGGAUCGCGUCUCGCUCCCACCGAGCUCCCCUUCGCCUCUGCUUCCUCCUGCCCAUUACCUUUCCUCAGCGGUCCCGCGGUCCCCUUCUCUCCGGCGCCGAUGCCGUCUUCCCGUGCUCAGCUGCGCCUGCUCCGCCUCCGCGUCCAGACAUCCGCCGGAGUGGUGCUGCAGGACGCCGCCGCCACGACGUUCUGCUUCGCCGGUGCCUACUCCCUCGUCCUCGUCUUCGAUACUCUCGCGGAGCGCAACAUCAUCCAAAAGCAGAGCUUGAGCAGAAAAGCUGUGCAUGUACUGUCUGGGCUCCUAUACAUGGCCACUUGGCCAUUUUUCAGCUCUUCGAUGGUGGCACGAUAUUUUGCAGCAGUUGUUCCUCUCUUGAACUGUAUUAGGCUUUUAUGUUAUGGCCUUCGUCUUCUUACCGACGAAGGUGUAGUCAAGUCUGUUGCAAGAGAAGGAAGACCGGAGGAAUUGCUGCGAGGUCCUCUGUACUAUGUCAUCGUAUUGUUGCUCUGUACUCUGGUCUUUUGGCGUGAGUCUCCUGUUGGAGUUGUGUCGUUGACGAUGAUGAGUGGUGGCGAUGGAUUUGCCGAUAUCGUGGGUAGAAGAUAUGGGGUGACCAAACUUCCCUACAAUCAACAGAAGAGUUGGGUCGGGAGCAUCUCCAUGUUUGUCUUCGGUUUGUUCUUCUCGGUCGGGAUGCUCUACUACUUCUCGGUUUUCGGAUAUGUGCAUUUCGAUCCGGAGCAGACCAUCACAAGAGUAGCAUUGAUAUCUUUGGCAGCCACGGUGGUGGAGUCUCUUCCUAUCAGCGAUGUUGUAGAUGACAACGUAUCCGUUCCUUUGACAAGCAUGCUGACAUCUGUUCUACUUUUUGGUUAAUAAAACUAGGAUGAUUAGGAAUGUGGCAUACGAAUAGGAUUCGGAUUAACAUUUUUUUGAGCAUUUCUUUUUCUGGGUCGAUGCUUCCAUCUUCUGCAUGCAAUUGGGGGAAUUUACGUCAACAUGUGGCUCCCUCCACCUGGUUUUUGCUUCUUCUGGGUUAGAUAUUGAUGCUGAGAUCUCAACUGUGUGCCUACCGGAAAACACUACCGAGUUACAAGUUUCUCAUUCCUAGUUUCAUUUACUAGCUAUCUUCUUUAUGGUACACAUGAUUGAUGUAUUAAAGAUGAUGAUAAGAACCUUUCGGUUCAUCCUUGUACUGUCAACUUAUUGUCUCUAAGUCAAACAGGAGAAUCCUUUUGGUUCGUCCA